AUGGCAUACGAGAAGGAGCUCAAGGUCGCCCAGCUGGCCGUCGCCCGCGCCGCCAUCCUCACCAAGGCCGUUUUCCAUGAGAAGUCCAAAGGCACUGUGUCCAAGGACGACAAGUCCCCCGUGACCAUCGGCGACUUUGGCGCUCAAGCCCUCAUCAUUGCCGCCAUCAAGCACAACUUCCCCGCCGAUGAGGUCGUCGGCGAAGAAGAGGCUUCAUCUCUCCGCGAACAGAAGGAGCUCUCUUCCAAGAUCUGGAAUCUGGUCAAGGAUGCCCGCCUCACCGACCCCGAGAGCGACGCCCUUCUCGGCGGCCCACUCAAAUCUGAAGACGCAAUGCUCGACGCCAUCGACCAAGGCAACUCGGCCGGCGGCAACAAGGGCCGCAUCUGGGCGUUGGACCCCAUUGACGGCACAAAGGGUUUCCUCCGCGGCGGACAAUACGCCGUGUGCCUUGCCCUCAUGGUCGACGGCGUCGUCAAAGUUGGUGUCCUCGGCUGCCCGAAUCUCCCGGUCGACGACUCGGCCCCGCUGACAGAAGACAUCGGCGCCGCGGCCACUGACGCCGAGGGGAAGGGCGUUCUUUUCUCCGCCGUGGAGGGCGAGGGCGCGACAUCGCAACCCUUGACCCGAGGCGCCGUGACAAAAGGACAGCCAAUCCGCGUGAGCAAGAUCUCCAAGGUGAGCGAGGCGGUUAUGUGCGAGUCAGUCGAGCCGGGCCACUCGAGCAAGGGCGACAACGCGCUGAUUGCCGAGAAACUGGGCGUCACGGGCCGCCCGGUGCAGAUGGACAGCCAGGCCAAGUACGGCAGCGUGGCGCGCGGGGCGGGGGACCUGUACUUGCGCCUGCCCGUGCGCAAGGACUACAUCGAGAAGAUCUGGGACCACGCCGCGGGCGACCUGAUUGUGCGCGAGGCCGGCGGCCUGGUCACCGACGUCAACGGCAAGCGCCUCAACUUCAGCCUCGGCAGGACGCUGCUCGAGAACAAGGGCGUCGUGGCCACGCCGGCCAACGUGCACGCCGAGGUCCUCAAGGCUGUCCAGGAGGUGUUGGCCGCGAAAUAA